CGACCAUCACUCCCGUUCCCGCCAAAAGCAGCUUUUUGAGUUCCGCACUCGGUGCGCGCGGAAUCGACUCGAGGCGCCAGGUUCAACAUGGAGGACGAGGACUUUGUGGCUGACUCGGAUGAAGACGAGCAGGAGAUGCUGGAGGCACUAGCGAUGGCGGAGGAGCGACUUGCGCGUCAGAGACUUGAGGCGGGUAACCAUCAGCAGGAGGAAAGUCAAGUGGAGCCAAAAGAUCAAAACAUGGAGCAAAGUACGGCCAUACUGGUGACACCAGAGCAGUCACAGGCCGUUCGCGAGCAUGACACUGCCCAAGUAGAAGUAGCUGAAGAUCGAGAACCAGACGGGGAACUUGAGGUCGAUGAAGAGCAAGGGCUCGAAGGGGAAGAGAAGACAGAUAAAGAACAAGACGACGAGGAAGAAACGGAAGGCGUGCUGGAGGUGGGAACGCUGGUGGAGGUGGAAUCUCGCACGUGGCCCGGAAUCAAUAAACAGGGAGGCGCAGGGCGAAUUACUCGCGUCCACAGGGAGAAGUCAAAAGAUGGAGAAGCAGAAGACAUCUUCUACGACGUACGCUAUGUUGUGGUGGGCGGCUUUGAACGGCACAUUGAGCGGGAGUAUGUGCACUCGUCCGAUUUCGUGAACAGACACUCCAGCCGCGUACCAAUUGACAGAGAGUACUAUCACGAUGACUACAUCAAUAAGCCACACGAGAGAAAGCAGAGAGAAGCAAAGAAAAAGCGUGAACAAAUGAUGGCACAUCCUGAACAAGCAAAAUCAAAGGUACCGCAGCAUACCGGUAGGAAGCGGAAGCGUCCUCAGCGGUCGACUCGUGCUGAACGGGUUCCUGACAAACUGGACGAAGAUUUACUAUCCAGCGAUGAUGAAAUGGAAGGAAAGCGCGAAGUACUCAGGAUUGGCGAAGAUAUGUUUGUUCUGACGGAAAGAAACGGGAACUCGCGAGAAGCGUCGAGUCGGCCACCCAAUGACCGCGAGAUUUCUGUCCGUAAGAUCUCAAAUCCCGUUGUGGAACAACCUACUGUUUCUACUGUUAAGCAGCGCCGGCGACAUCGCAUACUGGACAGCAGCGACGAAGAAAGUAGCGAUGGAGAUGAAGCAGGUGACAAGAGGAAUCGUAAUCCAGACCAACCAGAUCAUUUAAAGCGCACAAACGCGCAAUCUAACGAAUUCCUUGCUGCUGGAGGCAGUGAACAAGGCAAUCGUGAAAAUUCCGUCGAUCAGCAUCGUAGACGGCAAAGGAAGAAGCGUAAAACUAACCGUCUGCGCUUCGUUGGAGGAUACGAACACAACGCAGAAGAUGCUGACGGUAGGUUUAUUCAGCCGGAAGGGAACCCCGAUGACCUUCCCGAAGAUGUCGCCCGAGAAACGGGCAUUCGAUUGGCGUCCACGAGGCAUGGGUUAAUGAAACAACUUCAAGAGGUUUUUGCCCAGCAGCAGGAAAACAUCGCCAACUUUCAUGAAGAGCAGAAAAUGGUGGACCAGAAAAUGGAGGACCUAUCAGGGAUGCCUAUGAGCGAUCUUCAGGAUCUCUAUCGCAAGGUAUUCGACUUGGAUAAAGUUUUUCUGACGAAGACUCUUGUUAACGCGGGCGAAGAUGUGAUGGACUCCAUCUCCAAAAAACUUGAUAGACAUGGCAAACCCCCUGACGGGUUUGAACAAUUAGACACCAAGAUCGGUGAGUGGAAGGAUGAACUAAAGGAUUGCUCUCGUUGGGUGCAUGCUGUCAAGGAGGCUGUGGGGGAUGCUUUUGCGCGGCGAAAUGCCCAAAUUCCGGUUGUACAAGUAGCCCAAGCAGAAUACUCAUCGGAUAGCAGCUAUUCAGCCGACGAUUUCGACGCAGGUGAUAUCGAAAUUGAGACAGCAGCUGUUGCUUCCGCUUCAGACAAUAUCGACUUCUCGUUUGACUACGAAGUCGAGAGUGCCAGCAAUUCAAGGAACCAAAACCGACAACUCGACUACGUUUCGAUAGCCCGUGAACGUCGACCGAGUGUUUCGAAAGCAGGAAAACCGAAUAACCGGAAGAAAACUGUCAGAAGUACAACGAUGGAAGACUAUUUCUCACAGCGAGGACCAAGCAACAGGUUCAGAUCGAAUUUUCGGCUCACAGGGAGACAAAAGAAGAUUCUUCCGUCGGAUCCUCGCUUUGACUGGGUCAGAAUUGCCCGGAAGAAGCAGCAGCGUGUUGGAAGUGCCAUCCGAGACCGAUCAACUGGACCGUCAUCACUUGACUUUUCCAAUAGGCAUGGGAGUGUACAUGCUGUCCAUGAAGUACGCUCCGCGAACGUGUCAAGCCGAGAAGAUAGAAAUUCUGUCCAAGCGCAACGAAUGCACCUUCGCAACGAAAGAUUCCGUGGCACACCAAAGAAGCAGCGACCACGAGGGUCGCUUCUCGCUCAAUCUGCCCCACAAACCGUGCGUAGUUCCAGCCAACCAGUGUAUCCAGCUGGUAUAUCUUUUGACGACGUUACCCCUGAAAGGCGACAGCGACCAGUAGAAGUUGUCAACACUACCAUCCGCCCGAGCAACUCAAAUCAGCACGCAGUCAACUGGGAGGCCAUUUUUGAGGUUGUGGUCGAUGGACCUAGCACAACUAGUGAUGAGGAUGCCAUCACCGCUAUUUCACGACAGGAAAAAGAAGAACUUUUGGCAUUUGGCCACCCAAUUUGCGGCCCACUGACCCCACCUUAUCUGUUUUCCGACGAAGAAUAUGAGUUCGAAGACCCCGACAGAUUUCGGGACAUUGUAACAAGACAAACGUUGCGCCUUCGACAACUUGUAAAUAAUCUUCGAUUACAAGAGAGCACCUUCGUGGACUCACUUUCGAGGGGAGGAUUGGGUGCUGUCGAUGAAGAGGGUUACGCAAGCACACCUGAGUGGAUUGUUUUGGUCUCUCUCGAGGAAGCUUAUCACAGGGCUAUAGCAAGUUUUGCUGCCCAGUUGCUGCAGGCCUUGGAAGGAGUUUCUCCUUCGGCUUUGUCAAGUUGUCUCGAAAUUGUCUUGGUGGAGGUUGCUGCGCUUAUCCGGCAGCUUCCCGACUGCGACUCACUGUUUAACGGAUGCAAAGCGUACUUCUUUUUCUUUGAGGUGGCUUCCAGAGAUGCAACGACGACUCCCUUCCUGACCGCAGUGUCGCGUACGUAUUGGUAUUGCCUUGACCUGCUCGUAGCUCUUCGACCUAUGGCUGAUCUUCUGGUUGGAUCACACGGGACGACCAAGCAGAAGGUUGAGGAUGUUUUUCGGAGAGCAUUGCCGGUCAACCGGUUCAUUCUGGCCGUCGUGCUCUACUUAUUUGAUUUGUAUAUCUACCUCCCGUCAUCCCAUCGAGCGGAGGAUCAAGUAGUCAAUGGAUCACCGGGCGGUGCAUCUCCAGCGUUAUCACUGUGGAUGUUGGUUCGUAGUUGCUGCUCAAGUUCGGCUGGAGUGGAUCAGACCGAUCGUGCAUCACUGUCUGCGAAAGAGAAACACUUUUGGGCAUUGCUGCAAGCUGUGUAUCGUCAGCGCUACUUCGAUGAAUUAGCUCGGUGCUUCGUUCGAACUGAAUCUUGUGGUGGAUACCUGCGUGAUUUUGAGCCUAAUGCUACGGAUUCUAGCAAAACUGAAGACUGUGACGAGAUUUUUGAAAGUCAGCUGCUGGCCUUAGAAGCUACGUGGGGCCUACUCGCUGUUUUGACACGAAUUUAUGCUGAUCCGGACGAUGAUAAGCACGAGGAAGCUGUAUGCGACGCAAAGUGGGCUGUUGUUAAGGAUCUUCUUCAGCCGGACAAGCCAAAUUUCCUUCCAUUUAACUCGUUUCCUCACCAGCCGACUAAUUUGCAGUCAGACUAUCGCCAGUGCGCAAAUUUUUACAAGCAGCACGUAUUAAAGCGUGUCACUGCGUUUUCGAAGCAGUGGUAUCCUUCUAAAGAGGUCGUUGAGCUUAUUUUACGUCAGUUGUGGGGCAACGAUGUACCACGCCAUCCAGAUGACAUCGCUGAGCUUCCCCAACUCUUGAAACAGUUUGCUACUCGAUGCAAGGAUCUUGGAAAUUCAAGAUUACGACUUGCCGCGUUUGCUGAAGAGCACAACGGUGAUGGAGACACAACAACAGCUCUAUGCAAAAUCAUCUGGGUUCAGCUAUUGAAACUCGAAAAGCGUGUCCAUCGAAGUCGCUUCCGUCGCGUUGUCCUCAACGCGAUUCCAGAUACUCCCGACAGCCAGCAGGUCAUUGGAAAUGUUCCAUCAACAGCGGCAGCAGCGCUAAAAACGUCUGGAACGAAUUGGAAUUGGGGACCAAAGCAGCACAAUCCAGCUAAUGUACAGCCAGCUCAACGACCUGAAGCUCUACAGCAGCGAUCUUCUACGAGUUCAGGAGUGGGAAAGGAAAGAAUGAGCACAGCAGUACUACUCGUAUUCGCUAUUGUCGGAGUCUGUAUGGAGUGCGGUGACGACCAACAUUUUCCAGUCGAGCGAUCUGAUAAAGAUGUCAGAUAUAUGGAGCGGGAGGUAGAUUUUUACUGCAAGGAAAUUCUGCGAUGGACAUCAGGGAAGCCUGCGUGUGAAGUUCUUGCGGCUCAAUCCCUCUUUACACUUGGCGCUUUGCUCUUGGAGAAGAACUCAACUGAGUUUCCCACAGUAUUUAGGGGCCUCAAUGAGAGGCUGGAAUCAUCCGUGAAACAUUUACAGGCUAACCCCCUCGUGUCUCCUACCGCGAAGCAGUCAGCCGGUCCACAAGCCCGCCCCACCAAAACAAGCAACGUGGAUGAUCGUCGACAACGGCUUCAAAACGCUGCAAUGUCACCGCUCUAUCAAAUGCGUGAUCUGACCAGGAAGAUGCUCGAAACGCCUUCAUCGGAUUUGAUAAUCGGACCUGCGUUCGGCUCUGCUGUUGAAAAAAGUCUCGAGCAUAUUUUCGGUGCUGGAAUGGAGGCAUGCUUGAUUACUGCAACUCAGAAGAUCAUUACUGUCCAUGAUCUGAAGGUUGCGAUGAACAUAUUUCAGCUAGUACUCCCUCGAACGCCGGAUGAGCCCAAGCAAAGUUUCGCUUCAACACUAAGUGUGUUUGACAAUGGUUUGGAUAAUCUAUUGGCGGAAGCCGACUGGGAAAGUCUGCUCUCGGGACGUGAUCCCAGACCUGCGCCAGCCUGGACAGUGAAAGAAUGCAGACCCAAAGCGGUUCAGUUGAUCACAAGCAAUUUGAAAGGGGCUAUACAGCAGCUUGUGCUCAACUACCCCUCGACUGAUGUUCCAACAUUUGCCGAAAUCUAUGCGAUUGAUUUGCUCGGAAUGAUGAUUUCCACGUGCACAGUUCAGUUUUUCUGGAGUUACGUGACUUCUCUGACUGUCAAGCAUCGAAAUCUUGCACCUCGCUUACUGGGUGCUGCACUGAAGUAUAACCCCGAAAAGGAAUGGCUAAGAAAUGUCUUCUUGAGAGAGAGUGGAUCAGAUCAAGAACUAUCCACUGCGUGGCUUUUGGGAACGCUUGACGUUGCGGCGCUAAACUCGACUCCAAUCGUGUUCAAAUUGGAGGACGUGCCAUUCGGGGUUAUAACUCAAGAACGGACGUCGCAUCAGAGUCGUGUUCGUGAUUCAGACUACUGGGUAAUGCUGACUGAUGGAAUCAUUUAUCAUCUGCUCCGCAAUGAUUCGGUAGGGUUCGGCGCGAUGGACCCACUGGUGCUACAGCUUUUACGUGAAGUAGCAUCCACAUGCAAGUUCCAUUCGUCGGUUCGUGCGAACGAAGCUGCAUUUCACGAUGCUGACACAUUGUACGACCUUCAUCUGGAUGUGUUCCAGUCGUUUUGUAAAAGUGCUGGCAAUUCUUGGAAUUUGUACAGUGAUCCCCAAUCGAGCAAUCGGCACGAGAUGAACCAGUUUCAUUCAAAGAUGGUGAAGUCGCCGUCUGCAAUCUUCGUCUCAUUUCUCGAGGCUUACAAGAUAAACUUCCGACGAGCCUGCAGUGAGAUCGACCAUUGGAAUCACAGCUGGCAUAGAUAUGGCGAAUUAUUUCUUCGACAGGCUGGAGUGAACGCCGCAGGCGGACGUUCGUAUCACGAAAUGGACGACACGAUUAAAUCUUUUGAUGAGAGACUUACGGGGCUGACCACGAUGUUUCGAUUUAUGUACCAAUGCAUGGAUGCAUUGCUGUUUUACUGCGGAGAGAUGGCGAUUGGAGAAAAAAAUCUCUUCUUUGACGCGAUGGAACUGCUAUUCCGUCAAGUGAACAGUGCCGAGUAUCCUCUAGCUAUUAAGAGACUCGAGGAUCAGCGACGGCUGGUGCAGCGGGAUGGAGUACGAAGUGUGAACGAUGAGCUUCGCAAAGGUUUUUGCUCAGCGUCUAUGAGAUUCGUGGAUAGUGUCCAGCUAUUUUUCGCCCGCCAGAAGUACCCAAGUUUGUUACACUGGUUUGCACAGACGUGUGAGAUAUACCAGACUUUCAAGACAGGGUGGGACCGAUCUCACCUAAGAACGCUGCUUGUGAACAUUUUAGAUCCAGACGGGCCUCUUGGGAUUCACAGUUACUAUCCAGAUGUCGAGACUUCUAAGGAUCCCACCCUGGAUAUUGAUGUGAAGGCAGUUCGACGAGAAGCCUUCUACUUGUCGUGUGGGUUCUUCAACUGUAGAUGCACGAGAUCGUUCGAGCAUUCACGAGCUAAUCCGACGCCCACGUCCUGUAAACGUCUCCAGAAACUCAGGAAAUUUGUUCUGGAUGAUUUUAUGAGGAAAACCUUUUCCUUCGUGCUGAAAGAAGACAUCACUUCGCUGCUGGAAACAAUGGUGCCUGUGUGCCAAUUCAUGCGCGCUGUUCUCAAUCACGCCAACUUGAACAUGAGCAGACCAAGAGCUACUGAAUUUUCUGCUAAGGAUGGUUUGGACAGUCUCGCUCACUUUGAUUUUCAACUGAACGAGCUUCACUCGUGCCUAGAAUGGAUAGUUGAAUGCUUGAUCAAGCUCGUACCCGGUGAAGAAGUUGUCAACAGCACUAUCUGCUGUGUGUUGUUGACCGAGUUGUGCGGAGUUAUGUGUGAAGCAAUCACGUUCAACGACAAUCGGCCGAUGCUGGAGCUGAUCGAUUUAAUUGAGCUUGUGCUCUCAUAUCUACAGACUGUCUACGUGGCAUUGUCGAAGCGGACAACUGCUAAAAUCGGCACAUUGUUUGCUGCCAGUGUUGAGGUGCCAGUGUCCGCGAAGCUAAGGGCGUACCGAUUCUCUCCUUCUGCCUUCCGUGAUAUUGUGGUGGACAAACGGUUUACGCCAAUAUCGGGUCAGCAAAUGGACUCAUACGGGAUUCCCUUGGCACGAGCAGCAACGGAUCUCCUAACUGCUAUCGGGCGUGUGGCUCAGCACUGCAAGACAUCGAACGACGAGCGACUUCGAGGCUUUACAACAAUAUCGCCUUGACACUGCGAAGCGUAAGUGUCCUGAAUCAUUAAUUGUAGUUGUUAUUUGGAACGGUGUGGUCCUUCUUGAGAAGUCCCAAGCCAUAGCCAAGGUAUUUCGACCCAGGCUGGUUUUCUCUGCGUACAAAAUGCAGAAAUUAUGAACAUACGUGAGCUUCGUGUACGAUAUCUUCGCGAUAUCACGGUAAAUUCGUACGGUGCGUCGCGGUCGUCUCGAAUCAUGUCGAGAUUUCUGCAAAACCAAAAGUAUAAAAGUCGAAUGUAGUGCCAACUCACAGCAAUCUUUUCUUAAUACUCACCGAUUCUUCUUGGGCCUGGCAGGUGGCGUUG